UGAAAAAUCAACGUAUAGAAAAUACGGAGUACAACUGCUCAAAAAAAAUACGGAGUACAAGUCAAACCUAUUACGGAGUAUAACAUCGCCGACACCGUGCAACCUCUACGGAGCAAUUCUGACGACGAGCUCUAUUAACGACGCCGUAACACCGAGAAGCCAUAACCACUCACGCAUCGAAUGAGGACAAUGAAGUAAUCUUCACCACAGUCGUGCUUUCCCGAUCUAUCCUCCAUCCGUUGCUCCUUCCUCCGCGACAAUCUUCCAUUCAUCCAAUUGGAAUCCCCCCAAUCCGCUAAAAACCCUAGGUGAGAAAUCUCACUGGUCCGCAUGGAGAUCGCACCGGCUGCGCCGACGUCUCACGACGGUGGCAGCGGGAUUUCCACUGCCGCCGCUUCCUUUUCAACCUCAGUCGAUGCAAUCAAGGCGACUGCCGCUUCUUCUACAUCAUCAUCAUCCUCAUCGGUGCUGCCGGACGAAGCGAAUAAAAUUAGUGGAGGCAGUGGUUCGGCUUUCAAUUACGACGACGACGAAGAGGAGGGGGACGUUUGCAGGAUCUGUCGAAACCCCGGUGAAGCAGAUAACCCCCUCCGCUACCCCUGCGCGUGCAGCGGCAGUAUUAAAUAUGUUCACCAAGAUUGCCUCCUUCAAUGGCUCAAUCACAGCAACGCUCGCCAGUGCGAGGUUUGCAAACACGCCUUUUCUUUCUCUCCUGUGUAUGCUGAGAAUGCUCCAGCAAGGCUUCCUUUUCAAGAAUUUAUUGUUGGGAUGGCGAUGAAGACAUGCCAUGUGCUGCAGUUUUUCUUGCGCCUGAGCUUUGUGCUUUCUGUUUGGCUUGUAAUAAUUCCUUUCAUAACAUUUUGGAUAUGGCGGUUGGCAUUUGUUAGAAGCUUUGGUGAAGCUCAGAGGUUAUUCUUAAGUCAUAUAUCUACAACAGUUCUUCUUACAGACUGCCUGCAUGGGUUUCUCCUUUCUGCAAGCAUUGUAUUUAUUUUUCUUGGGGCAACUUCAUUGAGGGAUUACUUCAGACAUUUACGUGAACUUGGAGGACAGGAUGGUGAUAGGGAAGAUGACGGGGAUAGAAAUGCUGCCCAAGCUCGAAGACCUCCUCCUGGUCAAGCUAACAGAAAUUUGGCUGGUGAAGGAAAUGGUGAAGAUGCCAAUGGAGCUCAAGGAAUUGCAGGAGCUGGUCAGAUGGUCAGAAGAAAUGCUGAAAAUGUUGCUGCCCGUUGGGAGAUGCAAGCUGCUGCAAAUCUCGAGGCUCAUGUUGAGCAAAUGUUUGAUGGGUUGGAUGAUGCUGAUGGUGCUGAGGAUGUGCCUUUUGAUGAGCUUGUUGGCAUGCAGGGGCCUGUCUUUCAUCUGGUUGAAAAUGCAUUCACUGUACUUGCUAGUAACAUGAUAUUCCUUGGGGUUGUAAUCUUUGUCCCUUUUUCACUGGGGCGGAUUAUACUCUAUUACUUGACAUGGCUUUUGUCCUCUACUACAAGUCCUGUAUUGUCAACUGUCGUGCCUCUUACUGAAACAGCACUUUCUUUGGCUAAUAUCACUUCCAGUAGUGCAAUUACUGCUGUAGCGAACUUGGCUUCUGAAAACCAGGAGGUUAAUAUGCUUGGUGAAGUAGCAGAAAUGAUGAAAACAAAUGGCUCAGGGCUAAAUGAAAUGUCACACAACCUCAGUACUGUAGUCUCAUCUGACCUUUUGAAAGGGGCAUCUAUUGGAGCAUCACGGCUUUCUGACGUGACUACUCUUGCUGUUGGAUACAGUUUUAUAUUUUCUCUGGUCUUCUUCUAUCUUGGAGUUGUUGCUUUAAUCCGGUACACCAGGGGAGAGCCUCUUACGUUGGGAAGGUUUUAUGGAAUUGCCUCCAUUGCAGAAACUAUUCCAUCCCUUUUCAGGCAAUUUGUGGCUGCAAUGAGACAUCUAAUGACUAUGAUUAAGGUUGCUUUUCUUCUGGUAAUCGAACUUGGGGUCUUCCCUUUGAUGUGUGGCUGGUGGCUUGAUGUUUGUACCAUAAGAAUGUUUGGGAAGUCAAUCACACAAAGAGUCGAGUUCUUUUCUGGUUCUCCAUUGGCAAGCUCAUUGAUCCAUUGGGUUGUUGGAAUCAUCUAUAUGCUACAAAUAAGCAUCUUUGUUAGCCUUCUUCGAGGGGUCUUGCGUAAUGGGGUUCUUUAUUUCCUUCGAGAUCCUGCUGAUCCAAACUAUAACCCGUUCAGGGAUCUUAUUGAUGACCCUGUGCACAAGCACGCUCGGAGAGUUCUUUUAUCUGUAGCUGUUUAUGGCAGUCUGAUUGUGCUGCUAGUUUUUUUGCCUGUUAAACUUGCCAUGCGAAUAGCUCCUACUAUUUUCCCUCUUGAUAUAUCCGUGUCAGAUCCAUUUACUGAAAUUCCUGCUGACAUGCUUCUCUUUCAAAUCUGCAUUCCGUUUGCUAUUGAGCAUUUUAAAUUGCGGACAACCAUCAAGUCUCUUCUCCGAUAUUGGUUUACGGCUGUGGGUUGGGCUCUUAGCUUGAGUGAUUUCUUACUGCCUAGACCAGAGGAUGGUGGUCAAGAGAAUGGAAAUAAUGACCAUGGCAGACAAGACAGGGUGAACAGGCAACUAGGUAGACAAGAUCAGGCUCUUGUGUUAGGACAUGAUAAUGAUAAUUUGAACAGAGGGAUACAUUCCACAGCAGUUAAUGGCAGUUCGAUAGAGCAGUAUGAUGGUGAUGAACAAACUGACUCUGACAGGUACAGCUUUGUGCUUCGAAUCGUACUACUGCUGGUUGUAGCUUGGAUGACUUUACUUGUAUUCAAUUCUGCUCUGAUAAUUGUUCCAAUUUCACUUGGACGUGCACUCUUUAAUGCCCUUCCACUUCUGCCAAUCACACAUGGAAUCAAGUGCAAUGAUUUAUAUGCAUUCGUAAUCGGAAGUUACGCUAUUUGGACUGCUUUAGCUGGAGCUAGGUACUGCAUUGAACAUAUCAGAACUGGAAAUGCUACAGUUCUUAUGGGUCUGAUUUGGAAAUGGUGUGGCAUUGUUAUAAAGAGUUCUGCACUUCUGUCAAUAUGGAUAUUUAUCAUCCCGGUAUUGAUUGGGCUGCUCUUUGAACUUUUGGUGAUUGUGCCAAUGCGAGUGCCCGUAAAUGAGAGUCCGGUUUUCCUAUUAUACCAGGACUGGGCUCUUGGGCUCAUCUUUCUGAAGAUUUGGACUAGGCUGGUAAUGCUGGAUCACAUGAUGCCAUUGGUGGAUGAGAGUUGGCGAAUUAAAUUUGAGAGGGUCCGACAAGACGGCUUUUCUAGGCUGCAGGGAUUUUGGGUACUUAAGGAGAUUGUAGUCCCCAUCAUAAUGAAGCUUCUCACGGCACUCUGUGUUCCAUAUGUCUUAGCAAGGGGAGUUUUCCCUAUACUUGGUUACCCUUUGGUGGUUAACUCUGCUGUUUACCGGUUUGCUUGGUUGGGAUGCCUCGGCUUCAGCCUCUUGUGGUUUUGUGGGAAGCGUUUCCAUGUAUGGUUCACCAACCUUCAUAACUCAAUACGAGACGACCGUUAUUUGAUCGGUCGCCGGCUUCACGAUUUCGGCGAGGAUGCUAUUAUCAAUGCGGAGAGGAGUCAACAGAGCGAAGAGGGGUCCCAGGAGGAAGCACAAAGUAAUACCCAACAGUCAGCAAACACAGGUGUGGUGAGACAGAGAAUCGCUUUCAGGCAAGAAGAUGGUUAAGGAAGGCCCUCCCCAACAGAAGAGGUGUUUUUUUCGUAUGUUGACCACUUGUCAAUGAUGUGUUUCUUGCCCGCUCUGUCACAUACGUAAUGGUUGUGGUGGAGGGGUGGGGGUAUUAUUAGUGACACUUCUGUCCGUCAAUAGUUUUUCAGUGAACUUUUGAAGUUGUGAAUAUGGUCUAAUGUGCGUGUUUUGAAGAGGUGUAAAUUAAGCUCAGCUACAAAGUACAAACUGCUCUUGCCAUUACUUUUAGUCGAUUCAUUGUAAUCCGUUUUUACCUUCUAAUCUUUCUGCAUCCUAUAUUGUACUGGGGUAUAUUCAGGGAUUGAUGUCAUGGCAGUUAACUUA